UUUUGUGGAAGCUUCAAGGGCGGGGCCGACCACCUCGGGGGCGCUGAUGUCGGCGCGGGGGUUCUCCAGGCCUACUGCUUCAAUUUUGGGGGGUGUUACGGCGGCGAGGACUUGGUGGAGCUGGGGCUCUUCCAGGGCGGCCAGUCCGACAUCUCUGCGGAUUACUUGGACAAUGGCAUGCUUGCGGGUCCCGACGGUGGCCUGGCCGAUGCGCUGUGGCUGCUUGAGGGCUCUGACGUGCUUGAGUGCUACGACGGCGAGGUCCUGGUGGAGCUUGAGCUCCUCCAUGGCGGCCUGCCUGACACCUAUGCGGGCGACUUGGACAUUGACGUGCUUGGGGGUCUCGGCGGCGGCCUGACAGAAGAGCAGCAGCUGCUGGCAGACUUUGACAAGAUUGAGGGGCUGGACGGCGACCCACCUGAUCCUGGAGGAGGUGCUUGUGGGCUGCGAUGGCGUGUGUGCCCCCUGGCCGCGUGGAGGCAUGGGCCUCGAGGAAUGGGUUCCGACGACGGCCCGGCCGAGGAGCGGAGGCUGCUUGGGGACUCGGACGCACUUGAGGGCUGCGUGGGCGGGGUCCUGGGACAUGACUUGCUUGAGGACUUCGACGGCGGCCUGACUGAAGGGCAGAAGCUGCUGGAAGACUUUGGCGAUAUUGAGGGGCCGGACGGCGACCCACCUGAUCCUGGAGGAGGUGCUUGUGGGCUGCUACGGUGGGUAUGCCUGGCGCCCGGUUGGCGGCAGGGACUUCGUGGAGUUCGAGUGGGAGAGGCGUCUCAUCCAGGACCCGGAGGCGGAGCGGCGGCUACGGAGCACCGCAGGCAGGAGCACCGGAUGCAGCAGGCCCUGGUCUCGAUCAUCGAGCUCCUCAUGACUGUCGUGGCGAGCCUGGCAGGGGAGAACCACCCGGUAAAGCAGCAGAUGGCGGGCAUAAGCGGACUGCUUGGAGUCCUGCGUGCGGAGCAGGAAGCGGGCCAGGAGGAGGAGCGGCCGCGGCACCCCUGGCGGCAGGUGCAGUUUGCGCCGGAGCCGCACCAGGCCGAGGGCGACCUCAAGCCGCUUGGGAACAGGCAAGGGCAAGCUGAACCACGAGGAUGGCAAGGGCACUGGCGUAUCCCCGGCCGGGGCGGGCGACAAGGGCAAGGGCAAGAGCGCGGCAGGAAAGGGCGCCAAGGGCAAGGGCAAGGCGGUCAAGCAGACCCCGCCAACAGCGUUGCGGGCCCGGUGUUGGUUUGGGUUAGGGACUCGGAGCAAGCGGACGCUCUGUCGCAGAUGCUCCUGGGCGCGGGCGCCAAGUGCACGGCCAGGAUGGUUUGGAAGGCUGCGACGGGCACGCUGCAGAUCCCGGUGGAGCGCGACGGGGACAUCGCGGUCGAGGCCUUCAGCUUCGUGGACUACACUACGGCGGGCGUGCCACCACCUUCUUUCAAGCAGGCGGCCCAGACGGCGAAGAAGGAGGCUUGGACACAGGCGCCAAAGUGGAGCAGGGAGGGCAGUGAGCCUUUCGUAAAGGACGCCUGGGGGUUUGCGGAGGAGGAGCGCCUGGGCCGACCAGCCGUGGUGGGACUCAUCCGCGUCCCCGUGGCAAAGGUGAGCUCCCGUGCCCGGUCGACCGCCUGGGUCCAAGUCUCGCCCUCCAAAGGCUCCAGCCAUGCCACCUCGCGCCUCACCACGUCGUCCCGGUUCGCCGGCUCCACGAAGACGCCCUUGGUGCCAGAGCUGGUGAGCGCCUCCUCCAAACCCAAGUACGGCAUCUUCCUCGGUAAGCGGCAGGUGGGCAUGAGGCAUCAGGCGGGCAGCAUGGCCAGGGCAAGUCGCAUCCGAUACUUUGCGUUGAAGAGCACCCCGGCGAACUGGUCCGAUGACUUGGUCCGGGACCUCGUGGAGGAGCAGACCUCGCUCAAGCAGGAGGACGCGGGCUGCUACAUGCUGAAGGUCGAGGAUGGGACCGACACCGCCACGUUGUGGGUCACCCCGGUGCGGGGUGAGGUGGUCCGCAACACGCGGCCCAUCCGCGAGAAGGGCGGCUUUGACUUUCGGCGACCGCCCCAAGAAACCAGAGGCGCCGACAGACCGGAGGCGAAGAAGCCUGCAGUGGCGAGGGCGCAGCGGGCCGUGCCGGAGGGCGUCUCGGUCGGCAAGGUGGACGGCGAUGGCAACUGCUUCUUCACUGUGGUGGGCCUGGGCUUGGGGCGGCUGCGGGGCGAGCCGGCGAUGCAGCCAACGCGCAUCAGGGCUGAGGUGGUGGCUCAUAUGCGCAAGCACAGAUCGUCAUACGAACCCUUCUGGGACGGGAAAGACACGGCUGGUGGUAAGCUCGCGGACUUCGAGGACUACCUGCAGCACAUGUCUGAAAAUGGCAAAUGGGCUGGAAGCUUGGAAGCGUACGCGGCGGCGAAGACGUACAAGGUCGCGGUCUACGUCAUCCCGGCCCCUGUGGACAUGGCGGCGGUGGUCUACAACUCCUCGGCCAAGGCGCAGCUGGCCCUGUGGUACACCGACAAGCCGGGACAUUUCGACUGGCUUCACCCGGUCAAGGGCAAUGAGCUGCCGGACACCGUCACGGGCAUGGCCGAGAGCACGCAGCCGGGCGACUUUCCCCGGGGAGGCGGGCAGGACGACGGAGCUUCCGAGGCCACUUUCUUCACCCAGGUUGCCGGGAACAAGGGCGAGCGCUACACGGCGGAUGAGGCAGCGUCAUGCGGCCAGGCCACGGUCUUCACGGCGGUGUCGGCCCCCAAGCUUGGAGGCAAGGACGGCGGCCCAAAGGCAAGUUCCCGGAGGGCACCCUCGAAGAGGCCGGUCGGCGGGGCAAGCAACGCAACGCUCAUUAACAUGUGGGCGGCGAAGGCGCGGAAGCUCAGGGAGGAGUUCGCCCAAGCAGGGCCAGACGACGGUGGAGGACGAAGCGUGGCGGGCGAUGAGACAAACAACAUUGCGGCGGAGGUUGCCACGGAGGCCACCCAGGACUGCGACAUGGCGGAG